AUGGCUAGAGGGAGAUUCAAGAAUCGGUGGCCCACUUUUCUGAAGAUCACUGUAAUAUGGUCAAUCUGCGCGCUUACCUUUUUCUGUCUCUUCAAGGUGGCUCUGCGGAGCCCCUCACCUCCUGUGGAUAGUAAUGCCCAUCGGCCCACUGUUGCAAAUUCUUAUACAUAUGCAGAGCAAAGAUCAAUACUUUAUGCGAAAAUGGCGAAAGAGUUGGAUGAGAAAGGACCUGUUUUUCUUAAACAAGGAGAAACUUCUCAGUCUUUAUCCCUCUCAGAUCUUUUCACGCUGAAGAGUGGAAUGCUAACACCUGUGCUGAGGGCUGCUGAUCCUCCAGUACGGGCAAAUGUGUUGCAUUUAAGCGCUCAGUUCUCAGUCCCAAUCUCGAACAUUGUGAAUCAUACCUUCUCCCCAUACUUUGAUAAAGCAAUAUGGUUUCAGGACCCUAACAUAUACCACUUUAGCAUGUUCCACGCCUCACAUCACAUAACACCUGUCCCCGCCACAUCAGCAGAGGUUGAAGGUGAAGUUACAGCUGUAAAAGCUGUUGCAGAUAGUAUCUGCCCUAUCCACAUUGCCCUUAACCGGGUGGUUCUAACUUCAACGGGCGUGUUGCUCGGCUGUUGGCAGGUGGUCUCUGGUGUCGACCCAGUUACUAUCCGUUCUAAAUUAAAAGAUGCUCUUCCACGUGCUCCUCGAAAACAGCUUUAUGAUGAUGUGAUACUUCAUACUUCAUUCGCAAGGCUUCUGGGUUCGCCUAAGAGGUGCACUGAGGAGGAAAAGAAAAUGUCCGAUAUCCAGAUUUUUCACAAACUGGUGGAAAGAGUAAACAGCAAAAUCCAGGGAAUGAAGGCCACAGUUUCGGAACUCUGGUACGUGGAAGAAUACAAUUUGCUUGCGCUUGCUUUAAACGGGAAAAUGAAGAUUCGAAAGUUCGAUUUCGGUUGUUCGGAAGCCUAA